AUGAAUGGAUCAAGGAAGGGUAAACGAGAUACCCCGAAUGGACAUUGGAAGAUGAAUGCAUCUCCUAUUCCUGUGCUUGAAAAUGCAGAAGGACGACCCAUCGGUACCAAGUCAUCUCUUGCAUUUUUUGAUAAGGAAAAGAGGAAGACACAUUGGCUUAUGUAUGAAUUCAGGCUUGUAGAUCCUGUCUAUUCUGCUAAAGAAAAUAAAAUUGAAGGCAUGUUGGAUCAUUGUGUGCUGGCUGUAGUUUAUAUAGCCAAAGAGGACAGACUGGGAUAA